AUGCCAAAUAAUGUUGAAUCAACAUCUUCACAUUCUCAAUCAAUAUCAUUUCGUUUAAAUCCUAUUACUUCAACAAUAUCAUCAUUACCAGAAAAUAAUAAUAAUAAUAAAACUUUCAAAUCGGAAAUUUAUUUUAAUCCAACACUUAAAGAAAAAAUUAUUCAAUUAGAACCAAAAUUACAUGCUGAUUUAUCUUAUUGUCAUUUAAUCGAUGCAGAUAUAUCUAUUGUCGUUAAUGAAAUAAUUAUUGAUAAAAAAUGUACAGAACUUUGGUUACAUGGAAAUGAAAUAACAUCACAUGGUGCAUCAAUAUUAGCAUCAGGUUUAAUAAAUAAUUCAAAAUUAAAAAGUCUUGAUUUUUCAUUUAAUCCAAUCUCUGAUUUGGGUGUACAUUCAUUAAGUCAAGCAUUAUUACCACAUCAAAAUUCAUCUCUUAAAAUUCUUUAUCUUAGUAAAAAUAAUAUAUCAAAUAAUGGAGUUAUAUAUUUAUCUGAAAUGCUUAAAAUAAAUCGUACAUUAAACGAAUUAUGGUUAUCAAAUAAUGAUAUUGGUGAUGAAGGUGUUAAAUUAUUAGCUAAUGUAUUAGCUUAUUAUAAUAAAACAUUGAAAAUUUUAUCUCUUUCAAUGAACAGGUUAAUAACAGAUUCAUCGAUUGAUUAUCUUAUUGAAAUGUUUGAAAAUAAUCGAACAUUAAAACAACUUUGGAUCAACGAUUGUAAUCUUAGUGAACAUGGAAAAAUGAAACUUAGUGAAAAAGCUCAUCAAAAGAGAAAAUUUAAAAUUGAAUUGUAA